UUCGAUUUAGUAUUAAUUGAGUGUCCACACCGAUUGGAGGUGCACACAAAAAAUAAAUUUGUUUAUUUCUGAAAAUUUAAUUUCUGUAAAUGGCUCUAACGAUGAUGCGAAAGGAAACGUUGGCCCUCAUUCUACUCCAGUGCUUAUUGUGUUCGGCUCAAAAUGGACCACCACCAAUGGGACCCGGAGGACCGAUGAUGGGACCAAUGGGACUAAUGCCUAUGAAUAUCGAUCAAAUCGUUGGCGCUCCACCAGAUUUACCAGAUUCUGAUGAACACGAAAAACAUUAUCAGGGCUAUUAUCUGAUUGGUGCAGAAGAACAAAAUCUGGGCGCACCGCCACCACCCAAUACUGACAAUGAACAACAAUACCAAGGAUAUCAAUAUGGCGCCGAGCAAAUGGUUGGAGGCCCACUGGAAGAUCUAUUCCGCCCAAUCGAAACUUCGCUUCACAAUGCGGGUGCACAUUUAUUCCCUCGGAUGAGUGCCAAUGAAGGUGCGACUGAAGACAGUUUGGAUGAAUUAGAUGAUACGCCAGCAGGUGCACGAAAGUUUUUCAAAUUCGGAAAGAAAGACAAAAAGAAGGGCAAGAAGUACUACAACACCGUGAACUAUUACUAUUCCGAUAAAGGUUAUGGUGGUGGUUAUGGAGGUGGUUAUGGUGGCGGUUAUGGUGGUGGAUAUGGAGGUGGAUAUGGAGGUGGAUAUGGUGGAGGAUAUGGAGGUGGUUAUGGUGGCGGAUACGGACGCAGUGGCUAUGGCGGCGGUAACUACGGCGGUGGAUAUAGCAACAGAGGAUAUGGAGCAGGAAGCUAUUCAGGCGGACAAGGAGGUUAUGGAGGAUAUAGUGGAGGCUACGGAAGCAAUGACGGAGGUUAUGGCGGUUAUGGACACAGUCACGGAGGUUACGGCCAUAGUCACGGAGGUUACGGACACAGUCACGGAGGACACGGUCAUGGCGGUUAUGGACACAGUCAUGGUGGUCAUGGAGGAUAUGGCGGCGGCUACGGAAAAGGAGGCGGCUAUGGUAGCAGUUAUGGAGGUGGAUAUGGAAAAGGAGGCUACGGCGGAGGCUAUGGAGGAGGAUAUGGAAAAGGUGGUGGAGGUUAUGGCGGUGGUUAUGGUGGUGGUUAUGGUGGCGGUUACCGUUCAGCCGAGACAGCCGAAAGCCAACAACAGCCUCAAUCCAUUCCACAACAGGAGCCGAAUUUCAGACAAUACGCGUAAUUACCGAGGGAAAACUGUUGCAGAAGCGCUCAAAUGGCACCGCUGAGGGAUACGUUCGAUAUGUUGUUAAUGGCAAAAGUGCUGCGAAACCGUUUGGUUACUGCGAAUGUCGAUACGAUAGUCCAGCACCAUCGAGUGCAGCAAACCGAGAAGAGGAUUCGCCCGCAAGUGACUUAGUAUCAUCAACACAUAACAUCAACGCACCAUCAACCUCUGCAUCAUCAAGCGCAGAAUCAUUUCCACAAUCAUACCCACAAGCAGA